AUGAGCGCAAAUGCUUACAAAAUUUUUAAUUUACUGGAUGAUCAAAUGGAAAAUAUUAAAGAUGAAAAUCGUCCAAAGAAGGAUAAAGAGAAAUACAUUGAUUUACUGCUAAAUGAUGACCAAUAA